CGGACGCCGAGACAGCGGGAGCCGGCGCGCGAGACGCGGGCAGGUGCUCAGGAACCCUGAAGCCGGCUGAGCCAUGGUGCUGCCACCGGAGCCCCUGGAGAGGGCUUGGUUUUGGGAGACUCAGAGUCGUCUGUGAAAACACCCCUGGAGAGCCCCCUGGCAGGAAGGGGCUCGGGGUCUGGGCCAGGCGGGCGGGCGGCUGGGCUGCAGCUAUGGACCGUGAGCUGGCCCAGCCCGCGUCCUUGCUGAGCCUGCCGGUCUAUGGCCAUGCCCACCAUGGGCUCCUGGGUGUACAUCACGGUGGAGCUGGCCAUUGCCGCGCUGGCCAUCCUGGGCAACGUGCUGGUGUGCUGGGCCGUGUGGAUCAACAGCAACCUGCAGAACGUCACCAACUACUUCGUGGCGUCGCUGGCGGUGGCCGACAUCGCAGUGGGCAUGCUCGCCAUCCCCUUUGCCAUCACUAUCAGCACUGGUUUCUGCGCUGCCUGCCAUGGCUGCCUGUUCUUCGCCUGCUUUGUCCUGGUCCUCACGCAGAGCUCCAUCUUCAGCCUCCUGGCCAUCGCCAUUGACCGCUACAUCGCCAUCCGCAUCCCACUGCGGUACAAUGGCUUGGUGACUGGCACAAGGGCCAAGGGCAUCAUUGCCAUCUGCUGGGUGCUGUCAUUUGCCAUCGGCCUGACUCCCAUGCUGGGCUGGAACAACUGUGGUCAGCCGGAGGGCAAAAACCACUCGCAGGGCUGUGGGGACGGCCAGGUGGCCUGUCUCUUCGAGGACGUGGUGCCCAUGAACUACAUGGUGUAUUACAACUUCUUUGCUUGUGUACUGGUGCCCCUGCUGCUCAUGCUGGGCGUCUACUUGCGGAUCUUCCUGGCGGCCCGGCGACAGCUGAAGCAGAUGGAGAGCCAGCCGCUGCCUGGGGAGCGGGCUCGGUCCACGCUGCAGAAAGAGGUCCACGCGGCCAAAUCACUGGCCAUCAUCGUGGGGCUCUUCGCCCUCUGCUGGCUGCCCCUGCACAUCAUCAACUGCUUCACCUUCUUCUGCCCGGAGUGCAGCCAUGCCCCUCUCUGGCUCAUGUACCUGGCUAUCGUCCUCUCCCACACCAAUUCUGUCGUGAAUCCCUUCAUCUAUGCCUACCGCAUCCGUGAGUUCCGCCAGACCUUCCGCAAGAUCAUUCGCAGCCACGUCCUAAGGCAGCGAGAACCCUUCAAGGCAGCUGGCACCAGUGCCCGGGCCAUGGCAGCUCAUGGCAGUGACGGAGAGCAGGUCAGCCUCCGCCUCAAUGGCCACCCCCCAGGGGUGUGGGCCAACGGCAGCGCUCCCCAUCCUGAGCGGCGGCCCAAUGGCUACGCCCUGGGGCUGGUCAGUGGAGGGAGCACCCAUGAGUCCCAUGGGGACAUGGGUCUCUCUGACGUGGAGCUCCUUGGCCACGAGCUCAAGGACGUGUGCCCAGAGUCCCCUGGCCUAGAGGACCCCCUGGCCCAGGAUGGAGCAGGAGUGUCCUGAUGGUCCAUGGAGUUUGCCCCUUCUGAAGUAAAGAAAAUCUUUAUCUUCUUGGUUGGCUGGACCAGUUCUGUUGGGAGAAGAGAAUGAGUGUCCCGGGAGACCCUGUGGGCAGCCGGUUCCCACUUUGGACUGAGAGGAGGGAGCCCUGGGCUGGAGCAGCAUGAGGCCCAGCAAGAAGGGCUGGGGGUCCAAGGAAGCAGAUAUUUCGUGCUGUGAGCCUCUGCACCAGGCCAGGGCCACAGCACCAGCAGCGUCUUGGCUGGGCAGGGCCCAGUCCCCUAUUCCAGAGCAUUUAGAAAUGCCACCUUGUCUCCACAGAGCAGCUGUGGCACAGCAGACUGGCUUGGCCCUGCAGCUGGGGAGUGGCUCCCACAGGCCCCCUGCUAUACACACAUCACCCUCCCUAGACUCCUGGGGUCCAGGAGCUUCUGGGCCCAGAUGUGGCAUUUGACAGUUUUUUUUCCAGGAGAAAAUGUAAGUGUGAGGAAAUCCUUUUUAUUUUAUUAUCUUUCCUUCCCUGGCUGCUGGGUCUGUUGCCAGUCCUGCUGCUACCCUGGCACCAGAGUCUCUGCCCAGGGAGUCCUCUCCUGCCGCCAUGUACUUUUCAGCCCCAGGGCCAUCUCUUGGGGUGACAAAGCUGGGAUCAAGGACAGAGAGCUGUAACAGACCAGUGCCAGAACAUGGGCUCAGGCCCCCGGGGAGAGGUCCUGGCUGGCAGGCCAUGGGCGUGUGUAGGGGCAGCUCAGAGCGGCCCAGUUAGAGGCCCUGUCUAACUGCCUUUCCUUCUAAAGGGAAUGUGUUUUUCUGAGAUAAAAUAAAAAUGAGCCACAUUGUGUUUUAAGCUUGGCCAAUGAGA